AUGGCGAAGUUGAGUGUUGUGGAUCUACGCCGGUAUAAUGACCUCGGGAAACGGAGAUUCGACCGUUGUUCUGUGGGGUCUUUACCGAAGCUAGGCAGCGCUGUUAGUAUACCAGGACCAUACAUCAACGGACUUCAUGGGCAUCAUCCUCAGCAACAACGAUUGCCAAUCAUCUGCCAAAUGACUAGGUCGGAAACACGCGAGAUAAGCUUCAAGGUAGCCGGCUGCACACAGCAAGACCUCCAGGGUAGCUGGCUUCGCUUCGGCCUCCAAGGACUGCCGAGGUCCCCUUCAGAGACCACCCACACUGUGCGUGUAGCAUUCAUCAGCCUCUUUUCCAUCAACCCCAUCCUCACCACCAUCCCGAAGCUUGCUCGACCGCCAUGCCUUGAUACGAUCCGACAACCAAUUGCCGCUCUCGAAAGCUUCCUUGCGACUUACUCUCCCCUCACCUCGCUGGCUGACACGCUCCCCGCCGCCAUGGAGUUCGUCACGGCCCUCCGGGGCACUUUGGACGACCAAAAGCCGUCGCUCUUCGAGGUACUGUCCGAACAGCAGCUCAGCGGCCUGCUACCGCCCACGCUGCGGUACCUGCUGACCGUGGCCACCCACCGGCACCCGCGGUACCUGCUGCGCGCGCUCAACUCGUUUGACGAGCUCUACGCGCUGCUCAUGCUGCUCGUCGAGCGCCACUACCUCCGCACCCGUGGCGGCUCCUUUACCGAGCACUUUUACGGCCUCAAGCGCGAAAAGGCCCUCCGCGCCGAGGUGCCUCGCGCCAGCAUGGCUGCGCCGCACCUCGUCCGGGACACCCUCAAGCUCACCACCAAGGACGUCUGGAUGAACCUGGCCGUUCUCGUCGGCGUCCCCUACCUAAAGCGCAAGCUUGACGAGGGCUACGAAGUCAAUGCCCCCCGCGCUCUCCUCGGCGCUGCCUACACGCGCAUGCCCGACAACCCGACCCUGCGCGACCGCUUCGUGCAUUACUACCGAUGGUUCCUGACCAACGUGUACCCUUCCGUCAACGCGGCCUACUACUUUGCUAUGCUGGUUUUCAAUCUCGGCUACCUCUUCGACCGCACAAAAUACCACAACCCGCUCCUGUGGCUCAUCGGCACACGCAUUCGCCGCAUGACGGGCGCCGACUACCAGGCGAUUGACGCCUUGUCGGCGGCCAAGCCCAAGGUCGAUGGACGACCAGGCCAAUCCUUCUUCUCGCCCCGUAACCUGGGGUCCACGGUGCUCUCGAGUCUGUCCAUUGCUCUGCCAAUGAGCAUCUUUGCGCUCAAAUUCCUCGAGUGGUGGUACCAAUCCGACUUUGCCAAGCAGCUCUCGCGCAAGGCGACCGAGAACAUUGAGCUGCCUCCUCCCAUCGUUUCGGGUCUCUUGGCCAAGCAUCUUAAGAAGCCGAAUCCGGCGACGUUGGAUGAAAAACGCGUCGUUGGGGCCGAUGAUGAGGCCACCGACCCGCCCGAGACGGACAUUGCUGCCAAAGACGCGCCCCUCGCCAAACCUUCACGGCUGCCCAUCCAUGUUGUGUCAUUCCCCCAAGACUCGUCGUGCUGCCCCAUCUGCCUCGAGGACAUUGUCACGCCCACAGCCUGCCAGACUGGUGUGGUCUACUGCUACACUUGUAUUCAUAGAUGGAUCGAGGGCAUGCAUCCCAAGCAGGAGGCCUUUAUGGAGGGCAAAGACGGCCAGUGGGAAAGUGGACAGGGUCGCUGCGCCGUGACGGGCAGACGAGUCCUCGGCGGCACAGAGGGUCUGCGGCGGAUCAUGAUUUAA